AUGGCUUCAGAUACUGUGAGGAGCUUAGAUAGGAUCAGCAUGCUACCAGAUUCCGUAUUGUGCCACAUACUUUCGUUCCUUCCGACGAAAAAUGCUGUUGGGACCAGCAUUCUAUCAACACGAUAUCAGUACCUUUGGACUUGCAUUACCAGCCUUCACUUUGACAAGGCUGAAUUCUUUACUAAUGAUAUUGGAGAAGCUGAAGCUGAUUUGAGCUUCACGAAUUUUUCAUGGAUCAGCACUGCAACAAAGCGCAACGUUCAAAAGCUGGAGCUUCAAUACUUUGACUUCAACAGAGAGAUUCCUAUUCAGUUGCCUCGGACAUUGUUCGUUAGCAAAACAUUGGUGGAUCUAAAGCUGGAUGGAAUGAUUUCCCCUGAAAAUACCUGCUUCGGUUUGGCUUCCCAGUCUUAA